AUGCGUGCCAAUCCGGAUGUCCGUCGAGUAGCGGUGCAAAAUGAGCGUCAACCACGUAAUACGGCAACGAUUCGGCCGGAAACGCUGCGGGACAUGGAACAGGGCCGUGCCCUGAGGGAGGCAGCCGUCGCCGUAGGAGUGUUCGGACCACCCGUUUCGUUGGCCCUCCUGUCGCCAUCCCGGUACGGACCGAGCAUUCUACCGACGCCCGCGCUUCCGACGAGCCAGUUCCUGCAUCACCACAGUCAGGUGUCCUCGCUGGUCAACAGUCUGCCGCACCACCAUCCGCACCAUCCGCACCAUGCCGCGAUGCACGGGCUGGCCAACGGACUGUCGAUGAACCUGAACGGGGUCGGAAUGGUCGGUGCCCAUAACGGCACGGUCGGCGCGCCACUUGGCGGAGACCGUGGUGACGGAAGCGGGUCCGGUGGAAACGGCGGGACGCUGCUUGGGCCACUGGGCGGUGGCCACAACGGUGCGACGGGCGACAGCAACAACAACAACAAACACAGCGGCAGCAGCAACAACAACAACCACAACUCGAGCGGUUCGACGGAAAAUCUCAACACGGCACCGUCCUCGAACCACUCGAUGGCCGGCGAUCAGUCCCCGAGCGGUGGAGGAUCCCCCGCGCACCUGGACACCCCGGUGAACGGGGUGGGGUCGGGUGUAGCCGGCCGAUGUCCAUCGACUGGCGGGGUUGGCGUCGGAGGCGGCGAAAGUGACAAACACCCGCAGCACAGUUCGUCCUCGUGCGGCUCGGCCAGCCCGAUCCUGGACCAGGACGCCAUGAACGAUAACGACGAUGAUUCCAUCGACGUCACCAACGACGAAGACACGGACCCGGUACAGAACAACAACAACAUUCCCAGCCUAAUGAACCACCCGUUUUACGGUCAGGCUCCG